GAGCAGCUGGAGAAACUCCGGAGCAAUCCUCUCCAGCCGCCACCUGAGCUUGAGUCUGGAACCUUAGCUGUGGCAAUCGUCAAAGAUGCAGACGGCUACGAGAUCUGCUUGGUCAGUUCUGAGACAUACCACCAAGCAGUGAGGCUGGCCUACAAGCCCGAUGCGAAGAUCGAUUGGAAGUGGCGAGGCGAGGCAAUGGCAGGCCGGCGAUCGCCCACACCGGACUUUAUGGUUGCCUGUAUCUAA